UUUCCCGCCCAAACGGCUCCCCCCUUCAAAAUCCUAAUAUCCGCUCUUCUCAAAACCCUCUUCUCCUCUGUGCGCCGCAGCCGCGUCUUGUCCGCCCGAUCUCUCUCUUUCUCUCUCUCUCUGCGUAAUGGCGAGCAAGCGCAAGGCAUCCUCCAGCUCUUCUUCCAAAGCAGCGUCCGCUUCGUCGAAGAAGUCGAAGAGAACACUGCCGAAUCAGAACGGGGACGUGCCGAGUGAAGAAAUCCAAGUUGCUUUGCCCGUAGAAAGCUGCGAUGGCUCUUCGAAAUCGCCUCCUUCCAGGAAAAAGACCCAGAAACAAGUCGCGCAAGAAGGAGGCGAUGACUGUCGGUUCCUCGGUGAACCAGUUCCCGAUGACGAAGCUUUCCGUUGCUGGCCUCAUCGUUACCAGGGGAAGAGCAAGCGGAAGGCCGUGGGUGGAUCCAAGAGCACAAAAGCCAAUGAUGACUCGGAGGAGAUCAUUCAAGCUAGACGCCAUUAUACCAAGGCCCAGGUCGAUGGCCUCAUUUUCAACAUUGGGGAUGAUGCACACGUCAAAGCCGAAGAAGAAAGUGAGGACUACAUUUGUAGGAUUGUAGAGAUGUUUGAGGCAAUUGAUGGUUCACCUUAUUUCAUGGCUCAGUGGUACUACAGAGCUAAGGACACUGUGAUUAAAAGCAGCUCUAGUCUUGUUGAAAAUAAGCGUGUAUUUUUUUCUGAGAUGAAGGAUGAUAAUCCACUAAAUUGCCUAGUUGAAAAGCUAAGAAUUGUUCGGUUGCCCUUAAACCAGGUGAAUUCAUCUAAAAAGGAGGAAGCAAAAUCAAAUUGUGAUUAUUUUUGUGAUAUGGUGUAUCUAUUGCCAUAUUCCUCAUUCACGAACUUGCCACCCGAAAACAUAGGUGCAGGAAGCGAAUCAGAUUCCACCAUCUCAUGCGAGGAAGAAGAGAUGGGAACAGUUAGUGGCGUGAAAUUUGAUAAUGAAGUUUCACAAGGCAAGCACACAAAUUCAGAGAUGACUCUUUUAGACCUUUAUUCUGGUUGUGGUGCAAUGUCAACCGGACUUUGCCUUGGAGCCAAUUCUUGUGGAGUUAAUCUUGUUACUAGAUGGGCAGUUGACAUCAAUCAAUAUGCAUGUGAAAGCUUGAAACACAAUCAUCCUGAGACUGAGGUGAGAAAUGAAUCCGCGGAAGAUUUUUUAUCUUUGUUGAUCGAGUGGAAGAAGCUUUGUGCAUCCUUCUCCUUGAUAGGAGGGAAUGAUGCACGCGAUAUAGAUCCUUCAAGUGUCGAUGAUGAAAGCGAAGAUGAUGCUUGUGAUGGUGAUAGCGGUGAUGAUGAUGAUGGUGAGGUAUUUGAAGUUGCACAGAUUCUGGCCAUUUGUUAUGGUGACCCAAAAGAGACUGGGAAGCGUGGAUUACAUCUUAAGAUUCGCUGGAAGGGUUAUGGGCCCGAAGAGGACACAUGGGAGCCUAUGGAUGGUUUAGGUGAUUGCCAAGAGCGGUUAAAGGAAUUUGUUAUACAUGGGUAUAAUUCAAAAAUUCUACCUCUACCCGGUGAUGUUGAUGUGAUCUGUGGGGGCCCUCCUUGUCAAGGCAUAAGUGGAUUCAAUCGAUUUAGAAACAAGGAGAAUCCUUUGGAAGACCCCAAAAAUAAACAACUUGCUGUUUUCAUGGACAUUGUAGACUAUUUAAAGCCAAAAUUCGUGUUGAUGGAAAAUGUUGUUGACCUUGUAAGGUUUGCUAGUGGAUUUCUUGGAAGAUAUGCUUUAGCGCGUCUUAUUGGGAUGAAUUAUCAAGCUCGGUUGGGUCUGAUGGCUGCUGGAGCUUAUGGGCUACCACAAUUUAGAAUGCGCGUUUUCUUGUGGGGUGCUCGUCCUACAGAGAAGUUGCCUCAGUAUCCGUUGCCCACACACAAUCUAGUUGUGAGGGGUGUAAUCCCUACGGAAUUUGAGUCACACACUGUAGCUUUUGAGGAAGGCCAUGAAGUUGAGCUAGAAAAGGAGCUUUUCCUUGAAGAUGCAAUUUCUGAUCUCCCGCCUGUUGAGAAUAAUGAGAGACGGGAUGAGAUGCCAUACGGAGGAGAGCCGAAGACAGAUUUUCAAAAGUUCAUUAGAUUAAGGAAGGAAGAAUUGUUAAGUGGCCCAUCACUAGGUUCAACCGCACCAGAUCACGUUCUCUUUGAUCAUCGUCCUCUUGAGUUGAAUGAUGAUGAUUACCAACGUGUUUGUCAAAUUCCAAAGAGAAAGGGUGCGUGCUUUAGGGACUUAAGAGGCGUAAGGGUUCGUGAUGAUAACAGAGUUGAAUGGGACCCAGAUGUGGAAAGGGUUUAUUUGGCUUCAGGGAAGCCUUUGGUUCCUGAUUAUGCAAUGACUUUUAUUGGAGGGUCUUCAUCUAAGCCAUUUAGCCGUUUAUGGUGGGAUGUGACUGUGCCAACGGUUGUUACCAGAGCAGAGCCACACAAUCAGACCAUAAUGCAUCCUGUACAAGAUAGAGUCCUGACAAUUCGUGAAAAUGCAAGGCUACAAGGUUUUCCAGAUUACUAUAAACUCUUUGGCCCCAUUAAAGAAAGGUACAUUCAAGUUGGGAAUGCGGUUGCAGUUCCAGUUGCUCGAGCAUUGGGGUAUGCUUUAGGGUUGGCUUUUCAUGGUUCAUGCACUGAAGAAGCAUUGAUUACUCUGCCCAAGAAAUUUCCCAGCAUUGUGGAACCCAAUUCUCCUGCAGUGGAAGAUCAUGCCUAGUUGAACUUGAGCAUUGGGCUAUGUUUGGGUAGUUUGUUUAUGAAUUGUUGCUCCCAGAAUGGGAAUUGUAAGCAUUAACUGUAAUCUCAUGUAUGAUACAUUGCUAGUAAUCAUUUUUAUUUUCAUUAGGCCUUAGGCUGAUUUGCGCAUAAUUGCUAUUGUAUUUGUAGUGAUAAUCCUGUCCUGUCCUGUCCCGUCCUGUCCGGCAAUGGUUUUGGGCCAAGUGAUGUACUGAGAAAAACUCAUUAUUAGAGAUGAAUUGUACUGUACCCUUGAACAUGCUCUCAAUUCUAAAGUUGCUCAAUUUACUUCUCAA